CUGAUGGGAAAGAACCACGCCAUGACAUCAAGUAGAGACUUAGGGGAGCUUCGGGAGCUCGUCUUUGAGGAUCACUGUGUCCUAGGUCAUUAAAAAUAAAGUUAAGCAAGGGGUUUGGUGGGUGACGUCGGUUUGACAGAGAAGUUUACAUUUAAUCCUAAAGAGGGAAUAGACAACCCAGUGAUGGUCAUCACAGAUGAUGCAGACUCUGUGUGGACUCCCAUCCCACGCAUGUGUGUUCUUAAACGUGAGGACGAGGAGAUCUACGGCUUCCAUCUGCGUGUUGAGAGGGGGCAUCAAGGACACAUAAUUAGAAAUGUGGUGUCAGGGGGGGUUGCAGAGCGUAGCGGCCUUCGAGAUGGAGACAGACUGCUAGAAGUUAACAACUGCUAUAUUGAUGACGUGCCUCACACUGAGGUGGCUAGGAAGAUAAAGAUGAGUGGACACCAGAUAUGUUUGUUAGUGUUGGAUGGAGAGGACUAUGAACAGGUUGCAUCCCGAGGUCUGGACCUGAAAAGUCUGGCCAGAGCCCACAUGGAUGAGAACUGCAAACCACCCAGACUUUGUCACAUCACUAGGGAUCCUGACUCAGGUCUGGGUAUCAACUUUACACCUUUGGAAGGACAGAGAGGCCGCUUUACUGUGAGCCUGGUGGCAGGAGGUGCAGCUGAAAAGGCAGGGGUGUGUAAGGGAGAUCGCCUGGUGUGGAUAAAUGGAGCAGUGGUGUCCAAUCUCACUCACUCUGCACUCAACAAAAUGAUGAAGAAAUGUGGCGAUCACAUCACCAUUCUAGUGAUAGACAGUGAGAGUGAAAAGAGGUACAUGCAAAGGAGGCUGCCCAUCCUGCCCAGCAUGGCUAUUCCCCAUAAACUGCCUCAUAGAGCUAGAAAGCUCCACCUGAUCUCUGCAGCCGAGGGCUUUGGUUUUCUUCUACGGCUGGAAAAAGUGCCAUCGGGACGCACAUAUCAUAUUCUGCGUGAGAUGACCGGAGGCAGUCGUGCAGAGAGGGCAGGUAUGAGGGAUGGAGAGCUGCUGCUGGAGGUCAAUGGAGAGUCAGUGGAAUCACUGAAGCAUGAGGAGGUUGUGGACAGAGUGAGACUGAGUGGGCAGGAGGUCUAUCUCACUACCAUCACUCCCCAGGGGCUAGAGUUUUAUACCCAGCUGGGUCUGUCUCCUCUUCUUUUCUGUGAGGAUGAUGCUGCUGACAAAGAAAAGGAGAAUAUUGUACCUGCUUCUGCAGAGGAGAACUCACCAGCAAAGGAAAUGGAUGUCUCGAGUAAUCUUAGGCUCUGCUCUCUCCAAAAAGGGACUCUCAUCAGUCAGGUUGGAUUUAAAGAGGUGGCUUCUGAGGACUCUGGACAGAGUGCUGGACUAGCUGUGGGUGACAUAGUGAUGAAAGUCAAUGGACAAAAUGUGGAAGAGAAAUCUCAGGAAGAUGUGACUGUGCUUGUGGAAGAAGAAGGACAAUUUCUUUCAUUACUAGUCACAGAUGAGACAAGCUACAAAAAGCUGACAGAGACUGAAACACCUACCAAAGAUGUCACUCACACAGAGGAGGAAGAAAACGAGAUCUCAGCUUUGUGAGCGGCACAGAUUUAAAGUUCUGAAGACGUUCCCCAGCACGAUAUUCCUCAUGAGGAGACUUCAAUCCCACCUGAACAAAAGAAAAACCUAUCUAGUAGUAAUGGUUAUGAUGGACUAGGUAACUGCAGUCCAAUCCUCAGCUUACACAAAGAAAUCCAAUACCAAAAAAAAAAAAAAAUCUUAACAUGAAAAUUAUUUUACAGCUUUUCUCAAUCGCUUUGGUUCAGUUCUCACAUCUGAAACAUCACGCUCACCGCUCUUAGUACAGUUCUCAAAUCAGUAACGUAUUCCCCACCCACAUUAGCCUUCUCUCAUUGUUUUUGUGCACACUGCUAUAGUUUCUACUCAAACUUCACUAGUAAAGAUAUUUGUUAUUGUGUUGAUGUUCAUCUGAGUCUCACGACUCAUCAAAACAGUUUGCACUUUUGUCAGUCAGAACUCUCGAGCUCUCUUUCCUUUAUUCUGUCCAGCACUGCAUCAGUGUGUUCAACCGAAUGACUUCAAACUUUUUUUUCCAGAUAUGUAUGAAAGCAAGGCCAGUAACACACUGUCAGUGAAACUGCCCGGCAAUUGAAAUUAAAUAUGAACAUGUUCUCAGAAGUGUGUGUCAUGUCACUGCUAAUUACACACAAGCAGACACUAUACAUAUGCACUCCCCAACCACUUUAUUAGGUACACCUUGAUAGUACCAGGUUGGCCCCCCUCACCCUCAGCUGCAUCAAGGUCUGAUGCGUUGUGUGUUCAGAGAUGCUCUUCUGCAUACCUUGUUUGUAAUGAGUUACUGUUGCCUUCCUAUCAGCCCAAAGUAGUCUGGCCAUUCUCCUCCUACCUCUGACAUCAACAAGGCAUUUUCACCCAGCGAAAUGCUGCUCACUGGAUAUUUUCUGUUUUCCAGAUCAUUCUCUUUAAAUCGUAGAGAUGGCUGAGUGCUCUGAGAUGCUCAGUUUGAACUUCAGCAGGCUGCCUUGACUGUGUCCACGUGUCUAAAUGCUUUGAGUUGCUGACAUGUGACUGGUUGAUUAAAUAUUUGUAUUAAUGAGCAGUUGAACAGGCGUACCUUAUAAAGUGGCUGCUGAAC